CCCGAGCCGGCGCUCGCCGUGAUCCCCGUUGGCCCUACUCGCCAGGCACCCGCACAAAAGUCGCGGCCGCGCGCCGUACACUCCACCCUGACCCCCUCCUCCUCCUCCUCAGUCCUCCUCCCACUCGGCCACUCCACCCCCCACAGCCCCGCGCGUGCGCCGACCGGCGACGAUCGAUCCCGCCGCGCGGCGCCAUGUCGUCGGCGGCCGCCUCUUCCGCCUUCAUCCUCGCGCUCUCCUCCGGCACCCCCGGGUGGCGCAGCCGCGGCGGCGCGAGCCUCAACUUCCCGCUCUGGGCGCCGCCGCGGCGCGCGGCGCGGGACGACGCGAUGGUGGCGCGCGCGGCGGAGGCCGGGACGGGGGGCAGGGACGCGGCGCCGCCGGAGCGGAGUGCCGGCGCCGGCGCCGACGCCAGCAUCAGGCAGCCCCGCGCGCGGCGCAAGGCGGUCUCCAGACGGAGGGAUCCUGUUCAGCCGGCCGGCCGUUACGGCUCCGGGCCGGGGAACGCGGCGGCCAGCCAGAACGGCGCGCUGGCGGGCGGCGAGAUCGACUCCAUCGUCGCCGCGCCGCCGGCCAGCAUUGUGAAGUUCGCGGGCCCGGGCUACACCGUGAUCCUUCCCACCCAGGACGUAGCGCCGACGAGGGGUGUCGUCCCGGCCCCGGAGCCGCCGUUGCCACCGUCUGAGGAAAACUUCGUGUCGCGACCAGCUUCCGUUCCCAAGCCCCGCACCGACGGCAAUGCCGGACUUGCAGAGAAGAGGCGUGCAAUGGUUGACGUUGAAAGAGUUCCAAAUCCAAUUCCGCCUCCUCCGCCUGCGCCUAAGCCUGAGCCUGCGGUGCAAGAACAAGAGGGUGCUUGGGAUUUCAAGAAAUAUAUCGGUUUCGACGAGCCUGAUGAAACGAAGGAUGAGGCCGGGGUUGGUGCAGAUGCUGCUGGUUCUUUUGCAGAUUACGAGAACGAUGAUCCUAGCCCUUUGGCUGGGGAGAAUGUCAUGAACGUGAUCGUGGUGUCUGCUGAAUGUUCUCCCUGGUGCAAAACAGGUGGCCUUGGAGAUGUUGCGGGAGCUCUGCCGAAGGCUUUGGCGAGAAGAGGACAUCGUGUUAUGGUUGUGGUACCAAGGUAUGGGGACUAUGCGGAAGCCUUCGACAUGGGAAUCACGAAAUACUACAAAGCUGCAGGACAGGACUUGGAAGUGAAAUAUUUCCAUGCAUUUAUUGAUGGAGUCGAUUUUGUGUUUAUCGACGCACCUCUCUUCCGGCACCGUCAAGGUGACAUAUAUGGGGGAAAUAGACAGGAAAUUAUGAAGCGCAUGAUUUUGUUCUGCAAGGUUGCUGUUGAGGUUCCUUGGCAUGUUCCAUGUGGCGGUGUGUGCUAUGGUGAUGGCAAUUUGGUGUUCAUUGCUAACGACUGGCACACUGCACUCCUGCCUGUUUAUCUGAAAGCAUAUUACAGAGACAAUGGCAUAAUGCAGUACACUCGCUCCGUUCUCGUCAUACAUAACAUCGCUCACCAGGGUCGCGGCCCUGUAGCUGAAUACCCGUACAUGGACCUGCCUGAGCACUACCUCCAGCACUUCGAGCUGUACGACCCCGUCGGCGGCGAGCACGCCAACAUCUUCGCUGCGGGCCUGAAGAUGGCGGACCAGGUGGUCACCGUCAGCCGCGGCUACCUGUGGGAGCUGAAGACGGUGGAAGGCGGGUGGGGCCUCCACGACAUCAUCCGGUCCCACGACUGGAAGAUGAACGGCAUCGUGAACGGCAUCGACCACCAGGAGUGGAGCCCCGAGGUGGACGUGCACCUCCGGUCGGACGGGUACACCAACUACAGCCUCCGGACGCUGGACGCCGGCAAGCGGCAGUGCAAGGCGGCGCUGCAGCGGGAGCUGGGGCUGGAGGUGCGCGACGACGUGCCGCUGCUCGGGUUCAUCGGGCGGCUGGACGGGCAGAAGGGCGUGGACAUCAUCGGCGACGCGAUGCCGUGGCUGGCGGGGCAGGACGUGCAGCUGGUGAUGCUGGGCGCCGGGCGCGCGGACCUGGAGCGGAUGCUCCAGCAGCUGGAGCGGGCGCACCACGACAAGGUGCGCGGGUGGGUGGGGUUCUCGGUGCCCAUGGCGCACCGCAUCACGGCGGGCGCCGACGUGCUGCUGAUGCCGUCCCGGUUCGAGCCGUGCGGGCUGAACCAGCUGUACGCGAUGGCGUACGGCACCGUCCCCGUGGUGCACGCCGUGGGCGGGCUGAGGGACACGGUGGCGCCCUUCGACCCGUUCGGCGGCGCCGGGCUCGGGUGGACGUUCGACCGCGCCGAGCCCAACAAGCUGAUCGAAGCGCUCGGGCACUGCCUCGACACCUACCGGAAGUACAGGGAGAGCUGGAGGGGCAUCCAGGCGCGCGGCAUGUCGCAGGACCUCAGCUGGGACCACGCCGCCGAGCUCUACGAGGAGGUCCUCGUCAAGGCCAAGUACCAGUGGUGAAGGGAACCCCGGCCGGCCGGCCUCCGCCCGCCGCGUCGAUCGGUCGCGCGCAACUUCUGCUCGUGUUGUUUCGACUUGAUUUUCUCCGGCUUGUUGAUCCAUUGUACAUUCCGCGUUCAAAACGGUUUCGGUGAAGACUGAAGAGCUUCAUAUGCAACGCCGCGGUGGUGUGGUCUUACAGGAGGGAAAUAGCAUGGUAGUAGCCUGAGCUGUGUGUUUCGACUGGGUUCUUCGUAGCGCCAGUAGUCGAGAUUGUAUGGAAGUAUGUUUGUUCUACAGAUUUGGGAUGCAAGCAAAUUUCUAUGUAUUAUUCCCCCA